GCCUUUCCACAUGGCUACUAUCAACCUAGGUUCGCGUCACCAGGAGCUCCUGCGUGCCGUAAUCAAGCACUCGUCCGCUCAAGUCAACUGGGAUACGGUCGCCAGCGAAGCAAACUGUAAGACCCCGAAGUAUGCGCGCGACCAGUUCGCCAUCAUCCGCACUAAGCUCAGUGCCGUCGACGCGGGUGUUGUCAAUCUCGGUGACCGUCACCAAGAGCUUCUCCGCGCUGUGGCCAAGAACAUGACUGCAGAGAUUCCAUGGGAUGUCGUUGCCAAGGACGCCAAUUGCAAGACUGCGAAGUAUGCGAGAGAUCAAUUCGCCAUCGUGCGUGCGAAGCUUAGCGGCGUUGAUCCGGCCAAGAAGAAGCGUAAAAACGAUGAUGCGAACGACAUGGCUACCGACGGUGGUGCCAACGCUGACGCUGAGGCUGAAACCCCUGUGAAGAGGCCGAAGCGUACCGUGAAGACCAAGAAGAUAUCGAAGCCAAAGCUGGAAACGGGCAAGGGGGUCGCUAACGCCGAUGAUAGUCUGGCGAAGGAGGAUGGGGAGAUCGACUGUGGUGUCAAGCUUGAGGAGGUUGAGGAUGACAUAUUCACGUGAGUUGCCUGGUGGUGUUCAAGCAUGCAGAACAGAGGUCAGAUGGCCUGAGUUGCGACAUCUUGGAGAGUGGGUUACGGCAUACAAUUGAUCUAGCUACUGCGACCUAGCAUGGAAUGAAUAUCACGUCUUCGAUGGAGAU